GAGGCCGACGUCAAAAUGGCGCACCAAAUGUUGCCAGCGUCGGUGAAUUGCUCGCUGGACGAUAUCGAUCUGAACGCGCUGAAGGACCCGGCUGGCAUCUUCGAGCUGAUCGAAGUCGUCGGAAAUGGAACGUACGGACAGGUGUACAAGGGUCGCCACACAAAGACUGGACAACUUGCUGCCAUUAAGGUGAUGGACGUCACCGAGGAGGAGGAAGAGGAGAUCAAGCUCGAGAUCAACGUGCUGAAGAAGUAUUCCAACCAUCGCAACAUUGCCACAUACUACGGUGCAUUUAUCAAGAAGACGCCCGCCGGCAAGGACGACCAGCUGUGGCUGGUGAUGGAGUACUGUGGGGCCGGUUCCGUCACCGACCUGGUGAAGUCGACCAAGGGCCAGAGCCUGAAGGAGGAGUGGAUCGCGUACAUCUGCCGCGAGAUCCUGCGCGGGCUGAGCUAUCUGCACACGAACAAGGUGAUACACCGCGACAUCAAGGGCCAGAACGUGCUGCUGACGGACAAUGCCGAGGUGAAGCUGGUCGAUUUCGGUGUUUCGGCCCAGCUCGACAAAACGAUUGGCCGGCGCAACACAUUCAUCGGCACACCGUACUGGAUGGCUCCGGAAGUCAUAGCGUGCGACGAAAACCGGGACGCCACGUACGACAAUCGGUCCGAUCUCUGGUCGCUCGGCAUCACGGCACUCGAAAUGGCCGAAUCACAGCCGCCCCUGUGCGAUCUGCAUCCGAUGCGGGCCCUCUUUCUAAUUCCGCGCAACCCUCCGCCGCGCAUGAAGUCGAAGAAGUGGUCCAAAAAGUUCCACAGUUUCAUCGACACGGUGCUAGUGAAAGAUUACCAUCAACGGCCUUACACGGAGCAGUUACUGAAGCAUCCUUUCAUCAAAGAGCAACCGACCGAAAGACAAGUUAGAAUACAACUGAAAGACCAUAUCGAUAGGUGUAAGAAGCGCAAGCAGGAGAAGGAGCGCGAUGACUAUCGCUAUUCCGGUUCGGAGAACGACGACGACGAUGGUCAGACGGCAGGCGAACCGUCGUCGAUCAUUCAAGCACCGGGCAACGACACGCUGCGCCGCACGUUCCACCAGAUCCAAGAGGGGCGCAUGCAAAACGCCGAACAGCAGCAGCCACCGAAUCGCAACCAGAAACCACAGCCUCGUGAUGACAGAAGUAAAGUGCCGCCCGUGGAGGAACCGGGCCCACCGUCGCGGCCGCAGCUUCCGCAGCGGCUGAUAGUGGUGCCGGAUCCACCGAACAGCAACGCCAACCGACCCCUGCCUCCGACCCCGCGCAGUGGUUCGUCGUCCUCAUCUCAGGCGCAACAACAGCAGCAGCAGCAGCCAUCGUCUCAGACGCCUCAGCAACCUGCACGCAAUCAGCAAAAUUUCUUCAAACCGGUGCUACCACCGAGAAGACCAGAGGAGUUGGACAUGUUGGCCGCACAACUAAAUGAAUUGGGCGUCUCCUCCCCGCAGCAGGCGCAACCGGAAGCGCCCCCGCGCAACAAUCGGCCCCAGCAGCAGCCAUCGGGAGCGGCACCUCAGGUCAGUGGUAGUGGCGGUGGCGUCGGUGUCGGUGGCGGCGUUGGCGGCAAGUCGCCAGCCGUCGCCCCGAACGGCAACAAUAACGGUGGCAGCAACAGCAAUGGCGCCGGCGCCGGAGGUAGCAGCGGCGCUGUCGGUAACAUCAAUAACAAUAAUCAUCAUCCGCAACCGAUCAAUCCGCUCGAUCCGAUCGAAAGCUCCGACUCGGACUCGGAACCGGAGGAACCGAACGGCCGAACACGAAACGACGGCACGCUUCUCGCCAGCGAUCCCCCGAUGCCACUUCCCGAAUUUUCCUAUAGGACGGGCGGUUUGGGUGUGCUCAGCGAGUCCGACCAGAACAAUCAGUCCUCGUCGAGUGGUGUCGGCGGCGGUGGCGGCGGCGGCGGUGGUGGUGGUGGCGUUGGGGCCAGCGUGCUCUCGCCCCCCGGUGGCGGCAGUGGGGGCGGCGGCGGCGGGCCUCCCAACCGGCCGUUACCACCUACACCGGACGACGACGACGCCCAAGGCGACGGGACGCUCAUCAAACGGAACUACGACAAUAAGUCAUCGUCGUCGUCCAUCGGCACGGCCACUACCUCGUCGUCCGCGUCGACCGGCUCCACGACGCACUCGGAAAGCGACGAGGCGGUCCUGCUGCGCGACUGGGACUUUGAGCGAUUUUUCCCCUCCAACGAGCGACCGAAGCCUCACCAGCGCCACUCGAUGUCGGACCAAUCGUCCUCCUCCCCGUCCCCGGCCGACUCGAAUGGGGGUGGGCGCCUGCGGGCCGUGGCGGCCGGUCUGCUGCUGGGCGAGAGCAAGAAGACCCGCAAGGAGCACGCCAACUCCGCGUCGGCCAAACACUUGUCCAGCCUGGCGUACGCCGAGAAGCGCAAGGUCGAGGAGAUGAACAACCGGAUCCGGCUGGAGGAGCGCGUGAAGAGUGAAAUCUUUGCGCGCCAAAUCCACAAGGCACCGUCGCCGCCGGACAACAAAAAAACGCCCCACGAUCGCCGGCGACCGGAAGCGGUGGACCCCGCACCGUCGUCCUCAUCGUCGUCGCGGCUGCCACUCAACUUUGCCCGUGCGUUCCGGCGCGAGAAUUCCGAUUUCUUUCCCCUCGCCAAGCGUCAUUCGGCCAUCCUGGGGGAAACGGGUAGUGGCGGCGGUGUCGGCGGCCUUGGCCUGACGGAGCUCGCUGGCCACCGAGCGAUGUCUUCCGGCCUGCAGCACCCGCAGCAGCAGCAGCAACGCUCCAGUGCCAUCUUUUCGCGCAGCAGUCGAACCAAGUUUGAGCCCAUUUUGACCAACUACUCAGUGACCAAUCCGUCCGGAAGCGACGACGACCGUCGCUCCUCGCCCCGGGGGGCCGGUGGAGCAAUCGGGGAAGAGAACCACGCGCAUCCUGCCCAGCAGCAGCGGCCAGCUGGCGCGGCGCAGGUCGGGGCCGUCGCCGCCGCCACGCGCAACAUGGAUUUCUUGCGGCCGCGUCGCGAAAAAACCGAAUCCGUUAUCUUCGUCCGUAACUCACCGCACCUUCGACAGCACCCACAGCUGCUGUUCGAGGGUCAGCAGAAGAACCGUUCCGGGGAGAACAGCAGCCUCGGUACACCCGGCCAGCGGACGAGCAGUGUCCUGCCGGAUCUACUUAGUCAGGCAUCGCCAGCGACGCCUCCCCGGCAUGACAAAUCGGCCAGCGAAGAGUACCGAGCAGCCGUCAGUUCCGCCGUCGUUCAGUCGAACCACGGUCUUCCUCCCAGCAGCAUGCCAAACAAAUCAUUCCUUGCUCAGUACAGCACCAACGGGACCGUCGCCCUUGGAGGCGGUGGCGGCGCAGUACGGGGCAGUAGCCCGGCCGGGCGCAAGAGCAACGUCUCGCCGUCCCACUCGACCGCAUCGAACUCGUCGUCCUCCCGCAACAACAGCCCCAACCACUCGAUUAACACUAGACUCCUAAGCAGUAGUAGCCACAAUAGUAGUAGCAGUAGCAGUGCGGCCAAUCAUAAAAUUGUCAAUAACAAUCAUUUACUACCUCCUCCUCCCCCGUACCAUCAAUACCAAAUGCACCACCUUCAUCACCCACCGUCGUCGUCGGCGGCCACUACUCCGGUUGGUUCUGCGCAACUUCCGGUGUCUCCGUUCUCGCUGGCACUGCAACAGAAGCAGCGCAGCUUCCUGACGUUCGGGUUCGGCGCACAGUCGGGCGGUUCGGCGGCGUCCCGGCGCGAAAGCCAUGUCAACGUGAACGUCACGCCGACUUCGCACGACGCCGCCAGCGACACGCCGGAGAUCCGGAAGUACAAGAAGCGCUUCAACUCGGAGAUCCUGUGUGCCGCCCUGUGGGGUGUCAAUCUGCUGAUCGGCACCGAGAACGGACUGAUGCUGCUCGAUCGGUCCGGACAGGGCAAGGUCUACCAGCUCAUCUCCCGUCGGCGGUUCCAGCAAAUGGAGGUGCUCGAGGGGCAAAACAUUCUGGUGACCAUAUCGGGCAAGAAGAAUCGCGUCCGCGUGUACUAUCUGUCGUGGUUGAAGUCGAAAAUUCUGCGCACCGACGGUUUGGCGGAUCAACAAGUGGAACGCCGGAACGGGUGGAUCAACGUCGGUGAUCUGCAGGGUGCGGUGCACUUCAAGAUUGUCAAGUACGAGCGGAUCAAGUUUCUGGUGAUCGCCCUGAAGGAUUCGAUCGAAAUCUACGCUUGGGCUCCGAAACCGUACCACAAGUUUAUGGCAUUUAAGAGCUUCGGUGAGCUGAUGCAUCGUCCGCUGUUGGUCGAUCUGACCGUCGAGGAGCAGACGCGACUGAAGGUCAUAUACGGCUCGGCGGAAGGGUUCCAUGCGGUCGAUCUCGAUUCGGCCACCGUGUACGACAUCUACCUUCCCAAGCACACUCAGGGUCCAAUUUCGCCGCACUGCAUCGUAACGCUGCCGAACUCGAACGGCAUGCAGCUGCUGCUGUGCUACGACAACGAGGGCGUCUACGUCAACACGAUGGGCCGGGUCUCGAAGAACAUCGUGCUGCAGUGGGGCGAGAUGCCGACAUCCGUCGCCUACAUCGGCACCGGCCAGAUCAUGGGCUGGGGUAACAAAGCAAUCGAGAUUCGCUCGGUCGAAACCGGCCACCUGGACGGGGUAUUUAUGCACAAGAAAGCGCAACGUUUGAAGUUCCUGUGCGAGCGGAACGACAAGGUGUUCUUCAGCAGUGCCAAAGGUGGCUCCUCCUGUCAGAUCUACUUCAUGACGCUCAACAAGCCGGGCAUGGCCAACUGGUAAGCCGCGGGACCGGUGCAGCCGCAGCAGCAGCCAUCGACAGAGGCAGUUCCGGCAGGGCAAGAGAGGGUGUCAAAACUUUUUACUCUAGACAUAGUAGCAAACAUGUAAACUAAUUAUUAGACGAAAGUGGGCAAAAGAAAGGAAAAGCACAGCCUCAGAACAACGCUUCGAAAGUGCUCUAAAUUAAGGUGUGUACGUUAGGAGAAAUCGAUCAAUGAAGAACACACGCACGAACGUACGGUGAUCGUGAGUAGAUAUUACAAAUAUUAAACACGACGCGGAUCGUGACGUGCUGAGAGCGAACCCGCCUUGUAAGGGGCCACCGCCGACUUGUGGAAGGUUGUUGGCUCGUGCCGCCGCUCGUUUGUAGUCUUGCGGCAUUAUUCCGGGCGGGUGCGGUUUUGGGACACGCGCGGCCAACGCAUUUUUCGCCAGCCUCUCUCAGUGGGGGGGAACAUUGAAACAAUCAUAUUACGAUACGGCUCUGCCUACGACGCAAGCAAAGGGAAUCGGGAAUCAUCGUCUUAUAGGGGCCGUAGGCUUCAUCUGCGCGCCCCAUAGUAGAGAGGAUCACAGGAGUAAUACAGCCGUGCAGAAUGGGAUGGGAUGUAUCAAAUCUUCGUUUCAAUGUUCAAUCAAAAUGGGAUGUAAAAGCAGAUAACGAAACAAACGAAUGGUGUGUCAACGAACGAGAGGGGCGAGAGUCAUCCAGUGAGACAGAGAUCGCGAGAGAGAGAGAGACCCAGGAAGGUGUAAUUGCUUUACAGUUCUUACUUAAUCCUUCAACUAUUCCCCUAGCAAACGGCCAGGGAGUCUCUCUGUCACUCUCUCUUUUCUCUGCCCCCUUCUGUCCGGGCGCCAUUUGUUCGUGAAGCAUUUCUAAUCUAAUGGAUCUUUUUAAGCGUUUAGCAGUAGCAACAAUAUCAUUUUCUAUUUUUAUAUACUCCCCUUCAGUUUCGUUACACUAUGUUAUGUUGUAGGCUUCGCUGUGGUUUGCACUUGUAUCUUCUUCAUUCUUAUCCAAACGUUAGUAUAUACGCCGUGACGACUCCCUGCCAGCGAGCCAUGCGCUCUUACAAGACAAUACAUAAUAUUCAGGAGAACCACAAAACAAUUUUUAUUCGAAGUGAUCCCCGAUUGAUGCUUCACAUUUCAUCCAUCACUCAGGAAAAUUGUGAGUUGCAGUAAAACAUUGUUUGUGUUUCGUCGAAAACCAUUCGUCACAUUAAAGCAAAAGGGUUACUUUUUUUACUUGUUUGGCUUUUGCAGUAGAUGGAACACAAUUUUUUACACUUAGGGGUCUCUCACAUGUUUGCUAGCAAAGCAUCUAGAACAUCAACCGGACAAUUUAAAUCAUUUGACCAUACGACCAAAUCAUACGAGAACCAUAGGAGAACAUGGCAAACGACGUGUUAGGCAUGCGGAGAGCGCUCAGUGGGCUCUAGUAGCGGUCUGGGACUUGUGAAGAAUUGUGAUUGUGAGCGGCAAAGUUCUGUGUAGCCUCUUCUUUUAUCCGAUUAUCCUUUCGGAUUGCAAUACUUUAUUCUUCCUAGUAAUGGUAUAGCUCUCUAAAUGGAGCCCUUUUGCUAGCCUCUAGGAAAGAAGGGGGCUGUAAAUUGUUGUGAGCUUUCGAGAAAGGCUCUGGCACCAUUUCCAUUACCAUUCGUCCCACAAUAAAGCGAAGCGAAGCAGAGCGCAUGCAAAAUCGUUUUCGCUUUUAAUCGUUCCAUUAUCUUUCGUUUUUGUUCUUCAAAAUAUACCCAUAUAUAUACGCAUACGUGCAUUGCAACGAAAAAAAAGGCAUGCAAAAGAUAGUAUUUUUUCCUCACUCAUAUAGCUCGAAGUAUAUAACUGUGGAAACGUAGCUGUGGGAAAGGUAACAUAAUGCAAAUGAGUAAACACAGAGUAAAACGAAUGAAGGAAGCAAUGACCACUCGUAACAGGGCGGGGGUGGGCGGAUGGGAAACAAACCGAGAAGGUAAAACCGAUCGCAAAUGAUCGCACACAGAGAGAGAGAGAGUUAAGAGGAGUUAGUACGUACAUCGUCUUUUAGGUUAAGCUCUGCAACGAAGCGUGCUGUUUGUACUGCCUCACCGCGUUCCGAUUGGGGCAGAGAGAGAGAGAGGUGUAGGUGGGCCUAGCUCUAGUGUAGGGGAUGAUCGCGAUCCGUAGUUUUACCCAUUUUUAAGUGGUUUUUGUCAGUCGCGCAUACGCAAAUGAAUACACGCAUAGCACCGCAGAGAAGGGCCCAAGUGUUUGCGAAAAUGGAAUCGGCGUGUAGGGAGAGGGGAGAUUCCCGCGUUGUUAUCAUGUUCUCUCUCGUAAUCAAACGCGCAGUACAUUUUCAUACACACAGACACACGUGUAGGUGACAGUCAUCCUCGAAUCAUUCUAUCAUUCUCUCUCUCUAUCUCUAUAUUUUUGAAUUAGCAAACCCGUAGUAUGUAAGCUUAUUUGAAAAGCGUCAGAGCAAAGCCAGAGCAAAGCCAGCAAAGCGAGGGAGAGCGUGGGUGCGCAUGCGUAAAGCUAGAGCAGAAGGCAGGCAACAUAACAGCAACAUAUAAACUCUACUGCGAGCAGAGUAUAGCGGCAUUCGAAACGAACGCGAUCGGCAGUGAUCCUCCCCGUGGUGAAGCAAAGAAACAGGGAAACACAGGAUACGAAAGAAAAACGGGAAACACAGGGGCAGUGAGCUGAAGACAGGGACACGCAAGAAGGGGCUGCAGUGCCAGCAGCGCGAGUGCGCCACGCCGAUACGACGAACGAGUAAAUAUGUGUAUAGUGAGAACAGCUGUGAGCGGUGGAAAAAUAUAAAAUUAUCGUGCAGGAAUAUCGCGUAUGUGUAUUUUUGUUAGAAUCCUUUUCGUUACUUCCUUAGAACCUGCACGUUGCGGUCAAGCCGAACCCAUUU